UCUAGAACUGAAAUGUAGAUUUUAAGCUCGGGGAGCUAAGUUUCGACUGUGAUGUUAAGUAAUGUGAAUGCCGAUACUGUUCAUCGUUCAGAUUCAGAUCACGAACUGUUGAAAGUCUUGCUUCUGGAUAAUUGAGCGCUAACAAUUUUUUUAGUGGUUGCAAGUGUCUUCUGGCGGUGGUUUUUGAAAAAGCAGUGCUGUAAAGGAGGAAAUUAUAUGCUGAAAGAGGAUCCGUCUCUCUCACUCUUUUUAACCUUCAACUAGAACAGUAGUUAGGCUUCUCAGGCUGGUUGACAGACAAUCAUGUCUCUGGAUCCGGAUGUCAGGAUGCAAACUUUGUUGCUUAAUUUUGUUCUUGCUACCUUUCUCUUUUUGAGCGCCAUCAAGGAUGGAAAUGCUGGAAUCACUAGCAGUUUCAUACGAUCAGAGUGGCCAUCUGUUGAUAUCCCUCCUGAUAAUGAAGUAUUUGCAGUUCCGAAGGGUCAUAAUGCACCUCAACAAGUGCAUAUUACUCAAGGUGACUAUGAUGGAAAAGCGGUAAUUAUCUCAUGGGUCACAGCGGGUGAACCAGGGCCCAGCAAAGUACAAUAUGGCACAUCAAGCAAUAAAUAUCAAUUUAGUGCAAUAGGCACGGUGACAAACUAUACCUUCUACCAAUAUAAGUCUGGCUACAUUCAUCAUUGUCUAAUUGAAGGCCUCGAGUAUAACACUAAAUACUACUACAAAAUAGGAAGUGGUGAUUCUUCUCGGGAAUUUUGGUUUGAAACACCUCCCACAGUUGACCGAGAUUCCCCUUACAAAUUUGGGAUCAUAGGUGAUUUGGGCCAAACAUACAACUCUCUUUCCACUCUUGACCACUACAUGAAGAGUGGAGCACAGACUGUCCUAUUUGUUGGAGACCUUUCUUAUGCUGAUAGGUAUCAGUAUAAUGAUGUAGGUUUACGAUGGGAUACAUGGGGUCAGUUUAUUGAAAGGAGUGCAGCAUAUCAGCCAUGGAUUUGGACUGCUGGAAAUCAUGAAAUUGAGUACAUGCCCUAUAUGGGGGAGGUUGUUCCUUUCAAAUCCUAUCUUCAAAGAUAUACAACUCCUUAUUUGGCUACCAAUAGCAGCAGCCCUCUCUGGUAUGCUAUUAGGCGUGCGUCUGCUCAUAUCAUUGUGCUGUCCAGCUAUUCACCCUUUGUAAAGUACACACCCCAGUAUAUGUGGCUCCAUGAAGAGUUGAAGAGGGUUGAUAGGGAUAAGACACCUUGGCUUAUUGUUCUCAUGCACGUUCCACUAUACAACAGUAAUGAAGCUCACUAUAUGGAGGGUGAAAGCAUGCGAGCAGUAUUUGAGAGCUGGUUCAUUCACUACAAAGUUGAUGUGGUCUUUGCUGGCCAUGUCCAUGCUUAUGAAAGAUCAUACCGAUUCUCCAAUAUCAACUACAACAUAACAAGUGGCAACCGGUACCCCAUACCAGACAAAGCAGCUCCUGUAUACAUAACUGUAGGAGAUGGAGGAAAUCAAGAAGGUCUUGCUGCAAGAUUUUUAGAACCACAGCCGGAAUAUUCUGCCUUUCGGGAAGCCAGCUUUGGACACUCAACUCUGGAGAUAAUGAAUAGGACUCAUGCCAUCUACCACUGGAAUCGCAAUGAUGAUGGCAAGAAAGUGCCAACUGACUCUUUCGUAUUGCAUAACCAAUAUUGGGGAAAGAAUAGGAGGAGAAGGAAACUGAAGAAGUAUUUAGUGAGCAGUUUUCUUGGAAGGAUUGACACCGCUUUAUAGGGUGAUGCUGUGGAAUGAACAAAAAUGUUGUCUACUCGAAGAUGCGUGGCUUUAAGUCGUUGAAAAUGAUCUGUUGUCUCAGCCUAAAUGCUUGUCUGGAUUCUGGGGACAAGCAACCUGUUCAAUCUUUUACCCUUGGGAUAUUACUCCGCAGAAAAUUAGGAGACGAGGAAGAGAGGAAAAGGAAAAACAUGGUAUCAUAAAAUCAUAAAAUAAAUGUACACUUUGAUGUAUUUUAUGAUGGUAAUAAUUUGCUUAUGAAGUUGUUUCUCAUAACUUGGAUAUCAUGUGGUAUUUGUAAAUGAACAAAAACAGCGAUGUCUUGAUUCAAAAUUUCAAUAUUCAAAUUUUUAUA